CCGCUUCCGUGCGGAAGAAAAUUCUACAUUUUAAGCUUCAACUUGGUCCUUACGUGUUUGUUUAUAGCUAUAAAUUAAAUAUCUACGAGAGUAAAAAUAGGCGACACGAGUGACGACUGUGCACACCGUUGAUACAGAGACCGCUUUGAACCCGUGGAUGGAAGUGGAGAGGACCCGGGGGAUGGGUCCUGAAAGAGUGUUGCCGAGCUCGGAGGAGGAGCUGGGACAGGAGCGAGUGUCGGAGCCCGCGGCUGAUGAGUGGAGCGGUGAGGACGGCGAGGAGGAGGACGGAGCCCCGGGGGAGGAAGAGGAGGACAGCGCGGGUUAUUAUUAUCAACCACUGAACCAGGAGCCUGAUGGAGUUCCCAACACACCGCUGGAGCAAAACGACGAGGCAACACAUGCCGAUCAACUGCAGGAGGUGCAGGAAAGAAUAGAGGCCAUGGGCUUGUUCCUGCCUCAGCCACCAGCUCCAGACAGUGAUGAGGAGGAGGAUCCUGACGGAGCUGCUGCACAUCGGAGCCAUGCCUCCAUUCCUAUGGAUCCCGAUCACGUUGAGCUUGUGAAAAGGACCAUGGCAGCAGUGAACUUGCCGUCCCUGGGGAUCCCUGCCUGGGCUCGUGAGAUUUCAGAUGAUCAGUGGAAAGACAUGGUGCAGAAGACUCUCCAGUCUCGGCAGAGCUCAGCAGGCCUCUUACUGCAACACAAAUGAAAUGACCAGAAUGCCUUUAUCACUUUCUCCCUUUCUCCUUGCAGCUCAUGUUCGCGUCCCUAAUAAAACAUCAAAAGAGCCUGUAAGAUCAUGUGACUGAAGUGACAAAGAACAGUUGUUUAUUAUAUAUUGUAUUUGCUUGAAAUGAAUGCACCUGAUACCAUGAUGCACAGAAUACUCUAACAUUUUUGCAGGGUUUAACGUAUUUUAGGGUAGUUAUUGUCUCCUAAACAUUCCCGCCUUAAUUUCUGCAACUCAGUUUUAAUAUUUUGACGUAUUUAACUGCACUGUAAUCUAGACCGCUUAGUCUUUAUAUAAUCUUUUUUCCUUUCAGUAUCAACCAGUUCAGUUUAUUUCCGUAUUAUAAGACGAGUGUCUCCUAAUAACAAUAUUCAUAGGCUUAAUUUGUUUAAAAUCUUCUGCUUAUUGAUGCAUAUACGUGUCCUAAACAUUCAGAAAUGUAUUUUUGUCCUUCAUUUUUAACUUUAUUUUUGUUCUGUACAUACAUGAACAUCUGUACAAAAUAUGACUUUCAUAGUAUGUAAUGCUCUGCCUAAUUAAAGUACAACAUAUGUA